AUGGGGAGGUACGUGGUGAUUUUGGACAUAGGCGUAAGGAUCGCCGCCCGAUUCCACUCCCACUGCCCCCAGACGGCGAGGAUGUAUUACAAGCCACCAGCGUCGGCGGCGGGGAACACCGCCGCCGCCGCCGCCGCCGCCGGUGUCUCCCCCCGAGAUUCCUGCUCCGCCGUCGGAGCCGCUUCAGACGCCGUCGAUCUGAUGGUCCUCUCGGUCGUGUAG